UCGUGUCCCUGCAGCACUGCAGCACUGCAAUAGCUCGUAAGGAUGAAGCGCCGACAAGCCUACAGUAGCGCCGUGCUGAUAGCCGGCUACGGCCUUCUAGCAAGCCCAUCGCAUGCCUUCGUCGCCCCUUCACCGUGCUCGUCCAGCGCCAACCGUCAUGAACGGCAUCGAUACCGGGUAUCCAACGCUAACACUGCUUUGUCGAUGGCGUGGGGCCCUGCUGAGAAGGCGGAGAUCCUGAGUGGCCUAAUAGACUGGCAAGAGCGAGAUGUUGACGGAGUUGGGGCGGCCGAUAUACAAAUUCUGACGGAGUCGUCUCCCACAGCAGUGCUCACACGCUACUACGAGUCCUUGGCGAAGGGAGAAUCGCAGCAGAUGCUCCUGGUGGCACCCUCUUGCGUGAUCGAAAGUGGGUGCACCACGGCGUUAGAGGCCGCCCUCUCCUCCUCAUGCAUCUCCAAAGUUUACCACCCCGACGUGGAGCAGGGGCUGGGCGGAAAGGCGCCGCACCUGGCUCUGUGGCACCAGGGAGUUGCUGCGGAAGAGCUCUCUCCAAGCAACGAUUUGGAGCAGAAAACCGCCUCAUUGUCUAAAAAGGCGGUGAUGGAAGAAGUGUUUCUCUGGCUGCAGCGCACGAUGCUGGGCAUGGUGGACGACGAGGAAGAGGAUUUCGUCGAGCUCGGCCGGAAGCUCUUGACGGUGCACAGGUACGUCGUAGUCAAGGCCACCACCGAGGUUGAACUAUCGCAAGCGUUCUGGCAGGAGGCGACGGCACUGGCGAAGCACGGCGUAGAAGCGGCCGCGGAAAAGAAGAAGAAGGAUGCCGAAGAAACGGCGAAACAGAAGGCGAAACAGGAUGAAGACGAAACAGCGAGAGUUGCAGCGGCAGAAGUCGAAGAGGAAGAGGCCGAGAGGCCAGAAAACACGGACGACGCAAAGACAGAAAGUUUGGAAGUCACCGGAAGCACAAAAGAGAAGGAGGUCGACACGGAAGAGAAGAAGGAGGAGGAAGACGUGCUCAAGAAGUCUGGGCUUGGCGGGGGCGACGAUCCGAGGGAGGCCAGCGUUCUCAUGGCGCUCCCUGGGUUCAGGUUUAAGGACCGGGCUGUUUUCGGGGAGUUCGUGAGAGAAAAAUUGGUGGCGCCUCUAAAAACGCUGUCGCCGUUCGGGGAAGAGGGGACUGAGCUCUCGGCGGUUAUCUACGCCGGAGAAGACCUCAAGUUCCCGGUGAUGAUCCUGAGCCCGCAGCUGAAGACGUUCGAAGCGCCAGAAGGCGGUUACAAGUUCAUCUACAGGGGGGAGGAGAAGGACGCCGACGAAUACAUCCGUGCAGAGGAGCUCAAGAUGGCGGAAAAGGCCACCGAGCGGAGGGAGACGGUGGCGGUGGAGCAAGACCCGCUCUUCGGGCCGAGGUCUCCACCACCACAAACACCACCACCACCAUCGGCCGACGAGAACUCAAAUUAG